AUGACAAGCAGCAAAGGAAUGCGAAUAAAGGUGCAACAAAGGCUGUGUCUUGAGGAGAAAGAAGAACGCCUUGAAAUGGCAACCCCGAUGAACGGAAAUGUGCAAGUGUCAAGACCUGGGUUACUUCGCUCAUUAGACCCCAGGCCUGACUGGCGAACUAGGGGCUUCUCUACCAUCAUGGUGACUGUCGCGUUGAAUCUGAGCAACUAUUGA